AUGGAGGGCAGCAGCGGUACUAAAUGGGUGGGGUGUAUGAGAGAGGUGAAGACGGUGAGCUUGGUAGCAGCUCCAAUGGUGGCUGUCAUGGUGUUGCAGUUCCUGGUGCAGUUUGUUGCAACCAUGAUGGUUGGCCAUCUCGACCAGCUCUCCCUCUCCGCCGCGUCAAUCGGCUCAGCUUUCUCCCUUGUUACUGGCUUCACCUUGGUUGUUGGGAUGGCUGGUGGGCUAGAGACACUAUGUGGACAAGCUUACGGUGCAGAGCAAUACCACAAGAUAGGAACUUACACUUACUGUGCCAUGGUAUCCAUGACACUGGCCUGCAUCCCGGUCUCCAUCUUAUGGCUAUUCACAGACAAGCUACUCAUCCUUGCAGGCCAAGACCCUUCAAUCUCGAUCCUGGCUCGUGAGUACUCCAUCUACCUCAUCCCGGGUCUCUUUGCUACUGCUAUGCUUCAGUCCAUGACGCGGUACUUCCAAACCCAGAGCUUGAUCCUUCCCAUGCUCUUUGCUUCACUUGCAACAAUGUUCCUCCAUGUUCCUCUCUCUUGGUUUCUCGUCUUCAAAACGGAGUUGAGAUCCAUUGGUGCUGCAUUGGCUGUUAGUAUUUCGACUUGGGCUAACGCGAUCUUGCUCGGUAUUUACAUGGUUUUCUCGUCCAAAUGUGCAAAGACUCUGCCUAAGUUCAAGUUCAGAGAGGUGUUGACAGGCACUGGAGAGUUCAUGAGGUUUGCUGUUCCUUCUGCCAUGAUGACUUGCCUUGAAUGGUGGUCAUAUGAUGUGCUUAUACUGCUCGCUGGACUCUUGCCAAACCCAAAGGUGGAAACUUCAGUAAUCUCUAUUUGCUUCUCAAUCACUUACUUGCACUACUACAUUCCUUACGGGUUUGGAGCCACCGUAAGUACAAGGGUGUCAAACGAGCUGGGUGCAGGGCAUCCAAAGGCAGCCAAGAUGGCUGUUCAGGCUGUGAUGAUUCUCGCAGGAAUGGAACUGGCCAUUGUCAUCCUGCCUCUCUUCUUAUGCAGACACAUUUUGGGGUUUGCUUUCAGCAAUGACAAGGAAAUCGUUGAUUACGUCACAGACAUGGCUCCUUUCAUGUGCCUCUCAGCCAUCAUGGACACCUUACAAGCUGUGCUUUCAGGUGUUGUGAGGGGAAGUGGGAAGCAGAACAUGGGUGCCUUUGUGAAUCUCGGUGCUUAUUAUUUUGUUGGGACACCAUUAGCUGCUGUACUGGCUUUUGUUGCGCAUUUGGGAGGGAAAGGAUUGAUAAUCGGAUUAACGGUUGGAUCAACACUACAAGCAGCCAUGUUUGGUGUCAGGAUGAUUCUUAUAGACUGGGAAGAACAGGCAUUCAAAGCAAGAGAGAGGAUCUUUCAUGGAGUAGAGCUGCAAGAGGGUCCUUGA